AUGUGGGUGGAUUCAGGGGAUGGACUUCCUGUUUCUGCGGUGCCAGGAUCGGAUCAUAAUACCACCGUAUCCCGCACGUCGGUCCGGCCAAAAGUCUGCAAUCAAGCGACUGGGAGGUGCAAGGGAGGCGGUUUGGAGUCGCCUCCAACAAAUAAGCUCCACAUGUCCACUCCGGAAGAACGCAAUGUUCUCCCAAAAUCUCAUGAAACUAGAGGCUUGCAACCUGGCCAGAGGUCGAAGGUCAUAAUUGGCGAUUUCAACGCCAAAGUUGGCCCAAGAAGAACGCCUGAGGAACUUCACAUCGGCCUACAAUGGAAUGACCAGGGGGAGAGGCUCUCCGAGUUCAUCACGACGACUAAGACCACCCGCGGGAAUUCAGAAUUUCGGAAGCCCUCCUCUCCACGAUGGACGUGGGAGUCACCCGGUGGAGGGUACCGUAAUGAAAUAGACUACAUCAUCGUCAAUAAAAGGUUCUGCCUGACGGACGUCGCUGUUAUGCCAAAGUUCUAUACGGGAACUAUUAUUAACUGGGAUCUCUUCGCUACGCUACAUGGAAUUCGAGAUGACUCUGUAAUGGACAACAUCGACGAGGAGUAUGACCGGCUCGUUGAACACCUUCACGACUGA